CUGACAUAUCCCAUACCAGACUUUACUUACGGAUUCCCCAUUAUCGAUACCACCGACCCUGUCUACAAACCAUAUCUAACGCAUCCAUGGACUGAGAAUUUCUCUCUUCCAACGCUCAAUAAACUCCGAAAAGACAGCGGUGUGUUGUCCUCGCCGCGGAAAGCCCUAGGGCGAUGGGACUCUUCGGAGCCCACGAGGGACCAAAUGCGCGGUCCAGAUCUCAUGUGCUUCCCCUGGGCUGUCGUUGAGGUAAAGUCCGCUAUCGUAGAUGGCGAUCCAGAAAGAAUGUGCUAUUGCCAAGCUGCGAAUGCCUCUGCCGACGCCCUCAGCCUACGGGAGAAGCUGCUUCUAGCUUCGAAAAAGAACGAACCUAACCCUGAGGCUCUCGUCAUCUUCUCUUUCACAUGUGUUGGUACGCAUGUCAAGCUUUGGCUCACAUACAGGCGGCCCAAGAAAAUCGUUAUGCGAUGUAUAUGGGCAACCUCACUGGAGAUUUCUUGGGGUGUCUUUGUCUUACGCAUGGUGCUUAAGAAUAUGCAUGAAUGGGUAAACCAAGCGGUCAGACCAGAGCUUUCUCGAUGGAUUGAGGGGGCCCGUGGAUACCCAAACCCCCGGGGUUUUCUGAGUCCUGGUGGUGACUUGGUAGUGCUAAGCAAAAGAGCCGCUUCCCAGGAACCGCACUCCAAACCUCUGACAGACAGUCCUGUUUUACGAAAGUCCCAUUCUUCU